CCGAGUUAACCGAAAAUGAAGGUUGCCGCUUUCAAAGGAUGCCAACACUUGAGGAUAGGGCGGCUGGCGGCUCUGGUAGCCGUCUUCCUUCUCGUUUUGGCGCUCAUCACGGCCACCGUAGACGCUGAAUCAAAAGUACGCCGGCCGUUGAGAAGGAGAGAUCCCCUAUCGGCCGCGGCCAGCGUGGGCAACAGCGUCGUGCGCAACCGUCUCAUCCGACCGACGAAGAAACCGUUCGGAUCGACGACAAUUGCCAGCGCCGAAAAGGAAGAGACUGGUGCGACGGAGCCGACGCCGUUCAUCCGACGGCCGGGCGGCGGAUUAACUCGACCGUCGUCCACCACUUCGGCGCCGACUGGCGCACCCACCACGACGCCAAAGAGCAUUUUCCAGCGUCCAUCGCGGCGACCGGGCAUGCGCAAACCCGUCGCCCCUGGCGGACUGUCGACGGCCUUAAGCAACAAGAACGACGACAAGAAUGUGGUGAGGCCAGUAGGCAGCGGCAACGCCGACAAGGGCUACAAAAUCGUCUGCUAUUUCACCAAUUGGGCUCAAUACCGUCCGAAAACGGGCAAAUACCUCCCGGAAGAUAUCGAUCCCCAUCUCUGCACCCACAUCAUCUACGCUUUCGGAUGGAUGAAGAAAGGCAAGCUGAGCUCGUUGGAGGCCAACGACGAGUCAGUCGACGGCAAGGUCGGCCUCUACGAGCGCAUGAUGGCCCUCAAAAACAGCAACCCGGACCUCAAGGUUCUGCUCGCUAUCGGUGGAUGGACGUUCGGCACGGCCAAAUUCAAGGAGAUGUCGGCCACCCGUUACGCUCGACAGACCUUCGUCUUUAGCGCCAUACCGUUCUUGCGCCAACACGGAUUCGACGGACUCGAUCUCGAUUGGGAGUACCCGAAAGGAGCCGAUGAUAAACGCAACUUUGUUUCCCUUUUGAAAGAAUUGCGCGAAGCCUUCGAGGCGGAAUCGCAGGAAUUCAAGCGUCCUCGUCUUUUGUUGACGGCCGCCGUCCCCGUCGGGCCGGACAACAUCAACGGAGGCUACGACGUUCCGGCCGUGUCCAGUUACCUGGACUUUAUCAACGUCAUGGCCUACGAUUUCCACGGCAAAUGGGAGAACACGGUCGGUCACAACGCUCCGCUCUUCUCGCCUUCGUCCGACUCUGAAUGGCGCAAACAGCUGUCCGUCGACCACGCUUCCAAUUUGUGGGUCCGACUCGGCGCUCCCCGUGAGAAGCUCAUCAUCGGAAUGGGCACUUACGGCCGCUCUUUCACGCUGACUGAUCCGAACCGAUUCAUCGUCAAUGAACCGGCCAGCGGCGGCGGCACGGCCGGCGUCUACACCCGUGAAGCCGGCUUCCUCGCCUAUUACGAGGUUUGCGAAAUGCUGAGAUCGGGCAAAGCCACUUACAUUUGGGACGAUGAAAUGCAAGUGCCUUAUCUGGUGAUGGGCGAUCAAUGGGUCGGUUUCGACGACGAAAGGGCCAUUCGCAACAAAAUGAGCUGGAUCAAAAAGAAUAACUUUGGCGGCGCCAUGGUGUGGACCCUGGACAUGGACGAUUUCACCGGCACCGUUUGCGGCAACAACGUCAAAAAUCCGCUCAUUGGAGCUAUGAGGGAGGAAUUGCGAGGCGUCCCCCGACCGGGCAAAGACGUCGACUGGGCCCAAGAAGUGCCCACCAUCUCCCUUACGGCUACCACUCUCCCACCGCCCAUUCAAAUUUCGUUAUCGGACAUACUCAACAAAGUGUCAACAAAGAAGCCGCAAUUGAUCUUGCCCAACAUUCCAAAUGCAGCGCCCGUCAACGGUAGCAACGCGAAAACGAUUUGUUAUUACACCAGUUGGUCGGCCAAUCGACCUGGUUUGGGCCGUUUCACUCCGGAGGACGUCAAUGUUGAGUUGUGCACUCAUUUGGUUUACGCAUUCGGAGCGCUGAAGGAUUACAGACUUUCGCUCGUUGGCGGCGACAGUGGCAUCAAGCAGAAUGCCGAUUCUGGUAACAGGAAGCCACGUCAGCGUGUCAGCGUGGCCGUCGAAGGUGACGCAACAGACGUUCACGCUCGCAUCCAAAACCUGCGAACGAAAAACCCUGAACUGAAAAUCAUCUUGGCCAUCGGCGGCUGGGCUGUCGGAUCCGGCCCGUUCAAGGAGCUCACCUCCAACAUCUUUCGCAUGAACCAGUUUGUCUACGAUUCGACCGAGUUUCUGCGUGCCAACAAUUUCGACGGAUUGGACAUUGAUUGGGAGUACCCUAGGGGUGCGGACGACCGGGCGUCCUUCCUCAACCUUAUUAAAGAGCUCCGAUUAGCUUUCGAGGGUGAAGCCGUUACCAACAAAUUGCCACGUCUCUUGCUGACGGCUGCCGUGCCGGCCAGCCCAGAAGCCAUCGCUGCAGGUUACGACGUCCCUGAAGUCGUCAAGUAUGUCGACUUUCUCAACGUCAUGACCUACGACUUCCAUGGGCACUGGGAGGGCCAGGUCGGUCACAACAGUCCACUCUUCCCUCUGGAAACGGCCGCCAGCCAUCAAAGGAAGCUCACUGUCGAUUACGGAGCACGUGAAUGGGUCAAACUCGGAGCUCCAGCUGAGAAAAUUAUGAUCGGUAUGCCCACAUUCGGCAGGACGUUCACAUUGGCCGAUUUAUCUAAAUUCGACAUCGGUUCGCCAGCCAGCGGCGGUGGAAUUCCAGGCCCUUAUACUUCCGAAGCUGGUUUCUUGGCUUACUAUGAGGUGUGCGAUUUCCUCCAAGAAGACAACACGACUCUCGUCUGGGACAACGAACAACAGGUGCCGUUCGCUUACCGUGACGACCAAUGGGUCGGAUUCGACGACGAGCGCAGUCUUCGCACUAAAGUGAGCUGGUUGAAGGAACAAGGUUUCGGCGGUGCUAUGCUCUACUCUCUCGAUAUGGACGACUUCCGUGGACACUGCGGCUCGGGACGUUACCCGUUGCUUAAGGCCGCCCGCCAGGAGCUGACGGCCGAUAAUUACCAAGUGCAGUUCGUCUACGACGGACCUUACGAGCGAUCGGCUUCCAGUCUCAUCACGUCCAGAGCAGCAGCCAAAGAUCCUAACGUAUUAACGUGCGACGAAGAACUCGACGGCCACAUCUCUUAUCAUCCAGAUAAAGCCAACUGCGCCAUGUACUACAUGUGCGAAGGUGAACGCAAACACCACAUGCCCUGCCCAGUCAAACUCGUCUUCAAUCCGUCGCAAAACGUUUGCGAUUGGCCGGAAAAUGUACCAGGGUGUGAGACACAUUUUACUGCGGGAACUGGCCGAAGAUAAAAACAACUGAUUCACAGACACAAAUGGCUGAGCGUCUGGUUGCCCUCUAUUUCCUUUUUGUUUUUGUUUUUCAAAAUUAGAAACAACCGCACAAGAAACACAUUCACACGAACACUACAGCUCCGGCGCAAUUUUUCUACCCUCCGUUUCUAUGUUCGUAAUUGGGUGAUGAUAUAUUCAAGUCCUCUACGACUGUAGGUCUACAUUUUUUUAAUGUUUUUCGUGUCCAUAUGCGUGGUGAUAUAGCCCGUCGUUUCCAGUGCCUUCAUUUUGGUUUCUGUUUAUAUAAUUUUCCUUUUAUUUUUUUUUUUUUUUUGAACGUAAGAAGACAAAAAAAAAACAAAAAAACAAUCGGGUUGCGUCUGCACGCAGUGAGGAUAGAAAGAAGAAAGCGAAGCUGAUCACUCGACAAUUAACUCGGCUACUUUUCCAUCCUAUCCCCCUGUUUCUAUUUUUUGUCCAGAAAUUUUGUGAUUUUCUUAUUUUUCUAGUACGUUCACUAAUUGAUAUCGAUGGGAUGAUUUUUGGAAAUUUUAAGAAAUCUCUCCCUUCCGCCUGGACCACCUUACUAUCAUUUUCUCCUAUAAAUUACCUACAAUCAACGUGUUGCGAUAUUCGAUCGGAUGUGGCAAAUAAUAACCAUAACCUAACAAGACGUGAACGUUGGAAAAAUGUCUGGUCGACACCUGAUGAUCCUCUGAUUUUUUUUUUAUGAUUUUUUUUUUUAUUCUCAGAAAUGAACAAGAAUUGAAAUUUGAGGCAACAAAUUGAUAUAGUGUACAUAUAACCGAAAUACGAAUUAAGCGUGCUGCUGAUGCGGAAACAAAAAAAAAAGAAAAUCAUAUUCUUGUUUUGGUCUUGGUUUUGUCAUAUAUACUAAAGUUUUUUUUUUGUUUUCUUUUUAUUUACCUUUUUUGUGGUUUGAAUAUUUUGGGAAAUUGCUCCGCGUUGUCUUUUCAUUUCCCUUCCCUAUAUCCCCAUGGCAAAUGAUAUUUAACUUGUUUGUUUUUAGUAUUCUUUUGUUUUUCAGUUUCCUUAUAAAAAUGAAAAAAAAAAAAAGGCUAGCUACAUUUUCAGGAGGGGAAGGUUUGUUGACACACCUAUUACGUGUGCGAUCUGGCAAAAGUUAUGACACUACUGUCGAUUGAAGCCAAUCAGAGGCAUUCUUAUUUUGACAUUAUUUUUUUUCUUACCAAUUUUAUUGAAUUGUUUUUCUCAUACACGAUUGACCAUAAUACAUACCAGCGCAUUUUUUUUU